GGGAGAAAUAUAGUUGAUCAUGUGCUCCAAAUGAGGAACAGGAUAGCCAGUCACCCCCAUAGUGUGGAAGCACCUAGAAAAGGCACACAACAGGUCUAUUACAACCGGCGAGCAACCUCUCGGAAGUUCCAGUUGGGAGACCGGGUGAUGGUGCUAGUGCCAACUGCAGAGAGUAAGCUCCUAGCCCAGUGGCAGGAGCCAUAUGAAAUAAUAGAAGCAGUGGGAGAGGUAAACUAUAAGGUUCGCCAGCCUGGCCAGCGAAAGCCUGAGCAAGUAUAUCAUGUCAACCUGCUGAAACCCUGGCAAGACAGAGAAGUGGCAUUGGUUGCACUGGGGCCACCACCCCAAAGGGAAAACCCACCAACGUGGAUGGAAAUAUCUCCCGAGCUGACUCCGGACCAACAGGCCGAAGCAGCCGACAUGAUUGAGAGGAAUCAGGAUGUGUUUUCGACAGAACCGGGUAGAACUACGGAGGUUUACCAUGACAUCAUCACAGACCCCGGGGUGAAGGUGCACGUUAAGCCAUACCGGAUACCCGAGGCAAAACAAAAAGAGGUCCAAGCUGAAGUUGAGAAAAUGCUGAAGCUCGGAGUCAUUGAGGAGUCCCGUAGCCAGUGGUCUAGCCCUAUUGUUAUGGUGCCCAAGCCAGAUGGAAGCCUUCACUUUUGCAAUGACUUUCGAAAGUUAAACGAAGUAUCCAAAUUUAAUGCCUAUCCCAUGCCAACUGGGUAAGGCCCGAUUUCUAUCCACCCUUGAUUUAACCAAGGGUUACUGGCAGAUACCCCUAGCACCAGGGGCCAGAGAAAAGACAGCCUUUUCAACUCCGGAGGGUCUCUUUCAGUACACGGUCCUCCCUUUUGGUUUGUAUGGGGCUCCUGCAAUGUUUCAAAGGCUCAUGGACAAGCUGUUGCGGCCCCAUGCCAAGUAUGCAGCUGCCUAUUUGGACGAUGUUGUUGUCCACAGUCCUGAUUGGGACACACACAUUGAAAAAGUAGAGGCAGUAUUGGAGACAUUAAGGAGAGCGGGACUUACGGCGAAUCCCGCAAAGUGUAUGAUUGGGCUGGCCGAGGCCAAAUAUCUCGGGUAUAUCGUGGGAAGAGGGGUAGUGAGGCCCCAGCUCAACAAAGUGGAUGCAAUACAGAAUUGGCCCCGAACAACCUGGAAAAAGCAGGUCAGGGCAUUUUUAGGGUUGGUUGGAUAUUACCGCAGAUUCAUCCCCAACUUUGCCUCCAGGGCCUGCCCUCUGACCAACCUGACUAGAACUUGUGGUCCCGACAUUGUAAAGUGGACCAUGGAGACGGAAGAAGCUUUUAAAGAUCUCAAUAAUGCCCUCUGCGGCAAUCCAGUUCUCAUAGCCCCUGAUCUUAAGAAGGAGUUUAUCCUGGAAACCGAUGCCUCCAAGGUAGGACUGGGAGCUGUGUUGUCUCAAA